UGCCAUUAGCCGGGUCGCAGCGCUAUCCACCCGGAGCUCGCAACCCCACAAUGGCGGCACACUCCCACGUCAUCCCCUUCCUCUCCCCGGCCACCGCCUCCGCCUCCGCCUCCGUGCGCUGCUCCCGCUACGGCCGCCGCGCCGGCCUCCUGCGGCGCGUGGCCGCGGCGGGGCAGGCGGGGUUCUUCACCCGCCUGGGACGCCUCAUCAAGGAGAAGGCCAAGAGCGACGUCGAGAAGCUCUUCUCCGGCUUCUCCAAGACACGGGAGAAUCUCUCCGUCGUCGACGAGCUCCUCACCUACUGGAACCUCGCCGACACCGACCGCGUCCUCGACGAGCUCGAGGAGGCGCUGCUGGUGUCGGACUUUGGCCCCAAGAUUUCAUUCCGGAUCGUGGACACUCUCCGCGAGGAAAUCCGUGAUGGAAAGCUCAAGUCUGGGGCUGAGAUAAAGGAAGCGCUGAAAAGGUGUAUUCUUGAACUGCUGACAAGCAAAGGAGGCAAUCCGGAGCUGCAGCUCGGCUUCAGAAAGCCGGCAGUUAUCAUGAUUGUGGGAGUGAAUGGAGGUGGAAAAACUACCUCACUAGGAAAACUUGCUUAUAGAUUCAAGAAUGAAGGAGUGAAGGUAUUGAUGGCAGCAGGUGAUACCUUCAGAGCAGCAGCUCGUGACCAACUAGAAAUUUGGGCAGAGAGAACAGGUUCAGAGAUUGUUAUCGAUAAUGAUAAGAAAGCAAAACCUGCAUCAGUUCUCUCGCAGGCAGUUAAACGUGGGAAGCGUGAAGGAUUUGAUCUUGUUCUUUGCGACACGUCAGGACGACUUCAUACAAAUUAUGGUCUGAUGGAAGAGUUGGUUUCCUGCAAGAAAAUCAUAGCUAAAGCCCUUCCAGGUGCUCCUAAUGAGAUUUUGCUGGUUCUGGAUGGCACAACCGGCUUGAAUAUGCUACAGCAAGCGAAGGAGUUUAACGAUGUUGUUGGAGUCACAGGAUUCAUCCUAACGAAGCUUGACGGAACUGCUCGGGGUGGUUGUGUGGUUAGCGUUGUAGAUGAACUUGGAAUUCCGGUGAAGUUUAUUGGUGUUGGUGAAGGGAUGGAGGAUCUACAGCCUUUUGAUGCAGAGGCAUUUGUUGAAGCCAUUUUUCCUUAAACUUGGACCCCCUGUUUUUGAGAUGGAGAAUUUGAAGUUUCAGAGGAAUACUUAUGUUGUACAUCAUUCAGGUUAUCGUGUAGUAUUCAUGUAAUAUAUUUGCUGGCAUGCUAGGAACUAGAAGCAAAAUUUUGGACCAUCGCAGUUUUUUUCAUUGUUGUCUGCUGUCUGGUUUCUCCGGUCAUUCUUUCGCCAAAGCAUAUGCAAAAUGCAUGAUCUACUAAUAUCUACGAAUAGUUUUCGGGUUGGUCCAACGUAUUCCCACAUUUUUUUUGUUGGAUAAUCCUAAUCAUAUGCGCCGCCCAGAUA